AUAACAACUAGCAAAUGACAUAUGAAUUUCGCUUUGUGUACACGCUCUCAAGAUUGUUUUAACAAAAGUUAAAAUUGUAACACAUUAAAAAUAUUGGAUAAUAAUGGAUGAUGAGGCCGAAACCUACAAGCUUUGGCGCAUUCGAAAAACAGUUAUGCAAUUGAGCCACGAUCGUGGGUACUUAGUAACACAAGACGAGUUAGAUCAAACAUUAGAACAGUUCAAAGAACAAUUUGGUGAUAAACCAAGCGAAAAGAGACCCGCAAGGUCAGAUCUUAUCGUGUUAGUAGCCCACAAUGACGAUCCUACAGAUCAAAUGUUUGUUUUUUUCCCGGACGAACCGAAAAUUGGAAUCAAAACUAUUAAAACUUAUUGUACACGAAUGCAACAGGAAAAUAUUCAUCGAGCUAUAGUUGUUGUUCAAGCCGGUAUGACUCCUUCCGCAAAGCAAUCUCUUGUCGAUAUGGCUCCUAAAUACAUUUUGGAACAAUUUUUGGAAUCGGAGCUGCUAAUUAACAUAACGGAACAUGAGUUGGUGCCAGAGCACGUUGUAAUGACACCAGAAGAGAAACAAGAGUUGCUUGCUCGCUAUAAAUUGAAGGAAAACAUGUUGAUGAGGAUUCAAGCUGGAGACCCCGUGUCGCGAUACUUUGGAUUGAAACGGGGACAAGUUGUUAAAAUCAUAAGACCAUCAGAAACAGCUGGAAGAUACAUUUCGUAUAGAUUAGUUUGCUAGUAUUACUACAUUCUUUAUACAUCUUAAAAUUUAUUGUAAUAAAGCUUUUUUGAAAAUAAAACGAAAUCCACGAAAAUC